AUGGGGGCGGGCUCGGCCCGGGCAUGCGCGCGCGCCUUCCGUCGCCCCGGAGCUGCAAAGGCGUCGCCGCGCUCGCUUUCGCAGCCGCGCGCUCGGAGGCCAGCCAUGCUGCACCGUCUCCUUUGCAGUCUCCGGCCGUUCCGCCGGCCGGGCCGCGCGCCGCUUCUGCCUCUCAGAGUGUCGGGGAGCUUUGGGGGGAGACCCCAAAUGGUAGCCUUGACCCAUGCCUACAGCACAGAGAGCGGGAACCCUGACAAGCCCGUCGGACGAUAUCCAAUACCGAACAAGAAAGAUUUGCCCUAUGACAUAGUGGAGCUCAUGGAGGAAGUGGAAGUCAAGACUGGGUUUUUGCCCAAUGUGUUUAAGGCAAUGUCUCAUCGACCGACGGAAUUUAGAGCAUUCUUUGCUUACUACAAUGCCAUUAUCAACAAGGAGACAGGAAACCUGAGUAAGGCUGACAAAGAGCUCAUUAUCGUCGCCACGAGUAUCGUUAACAGGUGUCCCUACUGCGUGAUUGCACAUGGCGCGUUGCAUCGGAUAUACUCUAAGAAGCCAACUUUAGCAGAUCAGGUCACAGUGAACUGGAAACUGGCUGACCUAAGUGCUCGAGACCUGGCUAUGCUAGAGUUCGCGCUUGCUGUCUGCCGUGCGGAGAACAUCACCGAAGAGCACUUUCAGAAGCUGAAGGCGCAUGGGUUUGACCGGGAAGACGCUUGGGACAUUGCCGCUAUUUCAGCCUUCUUUGCCAUGUCUAACCGCAUGGCUCACUUCCUGGAUCUGCGCCCCAACCAGGAAUUCUACACCAUGGGAAGGAUACCAAGAGAAAAAGCAGAGAUCCCGUCCUCUUAA